GUCACAGUCGUUCAUAAGGAAGGGCCGUAGAAAAGUACUGAGUCUGUCUUUCCGUCCGCAGGGACAUGGACUCGUUCAUGUUUUUGGUGGGCAACAAACAGGACCUGUGCCACAUGAGGGAGGUUCAACAUGAAGAGGGCCAGAACCUGGCCGCUGAACUCCACUGCCUUUUCUUUGAGCUGUCAGUUGCUGAGCACUACCAGGAGGUGGCGCACAUAUUCUCCAAGAUGGUGCGCAAAGCCAUCGCAACCAGAAAAGCCAAGGAGCGAAGACGACGCCCUAGCGGCUCCAAGUCCAUGGCGAAACUGAUCAACAAUGUCUUCGGCAAAAGGAGGAAAUCAGUGUAAAUCUGUGAUCGUUAACAUUGUUUACAUU